UAUUGUUAUUUCUAACGUUAAAUAUAUGAACUUUAUUUUGUGCUAAUAAGCUUAUUAAUAUAAGAAAAUUUUAUGUCGUAGUAUAAUGAUACAGUAGAUUUUCACUGAUAAUUAACGCCGUUCUAUUUUCAAUUAAUACAAGGCAUGUCCAGCCAAUGACGAAAUAAUGUUUAAUAAUAUUUCAAAGUAUACAGGAAACCAAAAAGGUUUCCGAUAACGAAGACGGGGGAAACUCAUUGUAGAAUAGAAUUAUAGCAGACACGCUGCUUUACGACAAAUGAUCUUCGUUGCUGGCCUUAUUGGGCGAAUGCGAAUUACUUUUAAACAAAAAUUGAUCACAAUUUUUCUCACGACGCUUACACAUUUGACCUCAUAUUAUUGUAUGCAACUGAAAAUAUUGCAAUUAUAUUUACGUGCGUGUUUAUUUACACAAUGCGUGAUACAGAAAAUGUCUGAAUAAAUUUAAGUAAUUUUAAAUACUUUACUACUAUCAACUGGUGUGAUUGGCUCGAUCACGUUACAAAUUUUGCGUAAGGUUAGUUAGCUGAUUUUCAACAACAAAAACAGGUCGCAAACGCGCGCCAACUUGCACGACUAUAUGUCGAAAACAACGGACGUGCCAAGUUGUCAAAAAUUAUUUUUGCACAUCUCUGACUUUAGAGAGCAACUUUAUCAGUAAACAGACCAAAUUUACAUUGAUGUGUAUAUUUGUACGUAAUUUCGUGACAUAAAAAAAAGAAGAAAAAAAUCAUUUCACGUAAUUGUCACCUUAUUGAGAUACGACCCUGCGCAAGUGUUUCAUUCGCGAUCUUUGCACGCACAUAGAUACAUUGUACAUACUGUGUGGGAUGACCCUGGUAACAGUGCCAAAAACAACAUUGUAUGUAUACGCCACGUACUAUUGUUCGGUUGAAGAACGAAAGCUUGCCAAGAAAUAUAUACUUGCCCUCGUUUGUUUCGAGCGACUAAAAUCACGUGAUUAAUGCGCAAGUCGUUCGAAGUUCGAAUUACUACCGUACAAGUAAAUUUUUCUUAACGGAUAUUUGUUGAAAAUGAGUUUCUAAAAUACUAGAUCGUUUAUACUGAUGUCAAGAGCAAGCGUUUUACCGUAAUUUAAAUAUCGAGACGAAAUGAUGGGAUUAUCACCGCUAGCUUGACUAGUUUCCCAAGUUCAAACUAAAAUGCACAUUUUCUCGUCUUAAAUUAUCCGGACUCACAGUAAGUGUGCGGUGCUGAUAAAGAAAAGUAGCACAGACUCCGAUGGAACUGAAUCAUACAGUAAUAUUUUGCGAUGGAAAAAAAUCGUACCGAUAUAAUUGAUAUAAAGUCACCCGUGUGAAAAAAGAUCGCACCUUUACCAGUUGAGGAAGAUGAAAAUGUGAAAUCUAAAUUUAGAGGUAUAUCUGUUUCGAUUAAUUACAUACGUACGAUUGUUCUAUAGUCAAAAUAAUAUCAAUUCAACGAUCACUCUAAUAAAUAUAGUUAUUCUAGCGGAUACAAACAUUUAAAAUAUACUCAAUAACUGGAAUUAGAAUGAAUAGCUAUUUCGAUACAGCUUAUCGCUCCGCGACAGAGCGUAAAUUUUUCGAAAAAUUCGUCGACCAAUCAAAGAGUGGAAACGCUAAUAAAGUUAUUGAAAUAGUUCGAGAAAUCCCCGAGCUUCGUAAUUGGACAAUAAAAGAAUCCUAUCGACCAAAAUGUGAUAAAGAGGCUAAGAAAUUUCUAAUUCAAUCUGCUCAAACGGUAAAACAUGAUGAAAAAAUAUUCCGACUUACAAAAGCGGUAUUUGCGGCCAAUAUUAACAACUCUACAGUGUUUCUGGACGCUCUGAUGGACCGUAUUCGCUGCUUCUUCGCGGCUGAAUAUUUUAAAAAAUGUUUGAUGGAUUGUCAACACAUGUCUUCAGUUUUGAAUGAAAAAAUUUUCCCAAAUUUAAACGAAAGAGACCAUCAAAUCUUGAAAAUGGAAUGUUUGUCCUACGAAAUAAGGUGUCUAAAAAUCUUGGGAGACACAGAAAAGGCGAAAAUUUUAGCCAGAGAAGGUAUAAGGGAAGCAAAACACUUCUUUCAAUCUAUAGAACAACAAGGUGGAGAGCAAAUAAGCGAUGAAAAAAAGUUAGAAAAACUUUCCCCGUUUCUCGGUGUUUUGAAUGAAAAAUAUAGCCAUAGUAGAACAUCCGAUGCUCAAAACGAUGAUCAGAUAGCUAUCCCCAGAGUUUUGGGUAAACAAAAUGAAAAGUUACAGAGCUGUUCAGACGCCGUAGCCCUACAGUAUGAUCAGACAAGGGGCAGGCAUUUAGUCGCUACAAGGAAUAUAAAAACUGGUAGUGUUUUGCUAGUUGACGAGCCUUUUGCUUGGAGCACUGAUGAAGCAAUGCUCGAAAAAAACUGCCUUCAUUGCCACAAGUCUUUAAAAUCUACGGAGACCGUUAAAAUACCAUGUCGCAAUUGCCAAACAGUAAAUUAUUGUUCGGAGGAAUGUAGAAUAGAGUCGUGGGAAAAGUAUCAUCGCUGGGAGUGUACAGUCUUUGAUUACUUUUAUAGUAUGAAGGAAAUACAAAGUUCACGACUUUUGUUAGCAUAUAGGGCAACCGUUAUGCUGGCGACACGAAACAUGGAUAUAGAGAAAGACGAUAAACUGAGUGCUGACUUGAAAAAGUAUCAUUCGGAUAAUGAUAUUAAUAAAAAGAGACUAGAAAUUGGAUUAAAUAAAGAAUAUGACCCGAUGGACUAUAGCACUGUUUAUUCGCUGGAAACGAAUUCCAAAGAUAUCGACCCAAAGGUGAAUCUCAUGCAUGCGUUACACAGCAUACUUCUGGCUAAAUGUUUCAGAUACGUGUCCACCAAAAUAUUGCCAAAAAUUGAAAUUGGUGACGACGAAGAACACAUUUUAGCAUCGGCAACCCUUCGCCAUUUGCAAGCAAUAAAUUCCAAUGCAUACGAGAUAGUCGAAAAUGUUUUGGAUAAGGGCACUAAAGUCUGGGAACCAAAAACCGUUGGUGGAGCAAUUUAUGCAACGGUUAGCUUGACAAAUCACAGCUGUUACCCGAAUGUGGUUCGCCAUAGUUAUCCUAGAGGAAAAGUCGUCGUACGAGCUAUACGCUUCAUUCCGAAGGGCACAGAAAUUUUGGAUUGUUACGGACCGCAUUUUCUGCGCGACAUUAAAUCAGAGAGGCAUAACUACCUCUUUAAAAAAUACAAUUUUAAUUGCAACUGCGAAGCUUGCAGCAAGAAUUUGUCACUACCACUUUCAGAUUUGUUGUACAAAUGUAAAAAAUGUGUCCAGAUUUGUGAGAAGUUAAAAAAUUCUUGCACAAAGUGUGCUACCAGAGUUGAUAGAGCGAAAACAAGUAAGAUUGUCACCGAAUCUGUCCGACAUAGAUUGAUAGCGAUUCAAAAUAUGUUGGAUGGAAAUCAUAUGGCCGCUUUGCCUAUAUUGUUGCAUCACGCUGAGCUACUUGAUAAAACAAUUUCGGAUUAUAGCAUGGAGGCUGUUAGGACUCAGCAAGCAUUAAUACAAUGUUUCAAUAGUGUAGGUUGCACAUCUAAAUAAAGCAUUUGGUUCUCGGGUUUCGGUCUUGAAUAAAUGACAGAUAAUGUGUUAGUUAAACUAUAUAAAAACGAAGAUGAAAGAAAACGGGCAAACGUUUUUAAUAUUACUGCUUAUGAUUUAUUAUUGGAUUCACACUCAUGAUACUUGGAAUUGUCUAAAAAGAAAGAGGAAAAGAAAAACACUAAUGAAAAAAAUUAAAAAAAGAAAAAAACAUAAUGUAUAUAUAGAAGAGAAAAAAAUCGCCUAGCAAUAAUAUCUAAGAAAAAUUAAUUAUGGAUAAUAAUUAAAAACAGUACAAUUGUAGAAUCAGAGAAUUUUUUGCUCGAGUAUAUGAAUAUAAACGAACGACAAGAAUAUAUUAGCGAUCUUUGGAUUUUUUGCGCAGUAAUUCUAUUUUUUUUUUUUUUCGACGUGAAUUUCACUCAGUUUUUCUUAAAUAUAUUUACAAAGUUUAAGCAUGGCAGAAAGUCAAACUUCUGUCUAACUUUUUUUAUGUACAUGAAAAAAUCUAAAGAGAGAAAAACAAGGGGGGAAAAGUAUCGAUAUUUGCCUUUCUAAAUUUCGAAUUUUGCUGUAAUACCUCGGUUACAAAAUUCGGAAUUACGAACCGAAGUAAUAGUGAAUUUCUUGAUACAGCGAAAAAUGUCGGUACGUUUUUUUUGCAGAAAAAUGGUUUAAACUGUAUUUUUGAAAAUUUAUAUACCACAAAGAAUUUCAGAAUUUAACGCAGACAGCGAAAACAGCCUAUGUGAAUUCGGCUUGCUUUUAUAGCUUUGAAUCGUUUAAAAAUUAAUGCGUGAUUACCGGCACGUGCGCGCGUUUCCUAUUUCCUAGUUUUUCGUAAUAAUUGUAUACGUCAUUUUUAUACAAUAGUACAGUAAACAUCAUUAACAAUUAGAAUCAAUUAAAAAUAUAAUAAUUAAUACAGCACUACCAUUUUACAUGUAUACCUCGAUGCCUAUGCCAGGUAUACAUUCGACACUUAAGUUUCAUUCCCGAGUAAGAAUUCACACACGAAAUUGCAGUCGAUAACUACGCCAUAACUACGAAUGAUAACAAUAAGUAAGAUGGGGGGAAAAAAAAAAAUAAAAAAAGAAAAGCUCCCUGAAAUAAAAAUAUACACUCGAUUCUAUUUUCCAUGUGAAGUUUUACACUCUUUGUUCUCCUGAAUACCCUGGACAUUAACUCGAAUACGAUAAUUUGAUUUCUUAAAUUAUGCAUUCGAAGAACUUGGAACUUUGCAUUUUUAAGAAUUGCAUACUCGAGCAGUUUUCAGGAUAUUGGACAACCGCUUGGAAAACAGAACCGUUUGAUUCAACAGGCAAAUGGCAUUAAUUCAAUCAAUUACCGGCGUAUGUCCAGACGCAAGUGAUAUACCUAUUUGUUACUAGCAUUUCUGCACCUGUGCAUUUCUCAUACGACUAGUGACGAUGAUCACCACAUAUGUGUCUCACGAAUCUCGCUUAUGAUGUGCCCAGCCUUUGUUAGUGCCUGUAAAUGAUAUAAAUAUAAUUAUACACCAUUCUUCAGCGAUCGAAUAAUUGUAUGAAUUAUAUUUCCAUUGUCCUUAAAGCGGGUCUCUCGAUCGGUUAACGUUUCGAGGCUCCCAAGUGAACAAACGAUAAUAUUUGUGAGGAAAAAAAAAAAAAAAAUAAAAAAUGUACGCACUUU